CCAUUCGAUAAAGCUGAGCUGAGAAAUCAUGCGAAAGAUAGCUCUGUUGAAAGCAUGUGUGAAUGGCGGCAUAGAGCGUUAUAGGAACGGAGCAUUGCCAGGAGUCCUGCGAAAAUUCAGUUGUGUUUUCCAGGCGUAAAGGAAGAUGGCAAAGCACCAUCCAGAUUUGAUUUUCUGUCGCAAGCAACCUGGAGUCGCUAUUGGGAGACUCUGUGAAAAAUGUGAUGGGAAAUGUGUCAUCUGUGAUUCAUAUGUCCGACCUUGCACUCUGGUCAGAAUAUGUGAUGAGUGCAAUUAUGGGUCAUACCAAGGACGGUGCGUCAUCUGUGGAGGGCCAGGAGUAUCUGAUGCAUACUAUUGCAAGGAAUGCACCAUACAGGAAAAAGAUAGAGAUGGCUGUCCAAAGAUUGUGAACCUUGGUAGUUCAAAGACAGACUUGUUUUAUGAAAGGAAAAAGUAUGGGUUCAAGAAACGGUGAAGCUGAGUUACGAACUGCUGUUGCAAGAUUAUGGGACUCAAGUGCUUCAAUGCUGCAUGUCACUCACCUUCAGUUCUGUGCUGCAUUUCAUUCAUGGUUUUUCCCACCAGUGUCAUUGAUUUUUGACUCAGAACUUCAUACUGGAUCCAAAAAUAAAUGGGAAGAAGGUGCCAGAAAUUUA